AGACAAGUUCAAAAGAAAACCAGAAUACGUGAAAAGAUGAAGAGGGAAACUCCAGUUGUAUUACUCGUUAGCUUACUUAUCAUGUUUGCAUCAGUUGUGAAUCAGACCAGAGCAAACACCUGUACCGAUGGACUAGGCACUUGUGAAAACUGCGACCAGAGAUGCAAGGCCAAACACGGGCCAUCAAGUGAAAGCAACUGUGACCACUCUCUUGUGAUGCCUCUGUGCCUAUGCUACUAUCAAUGUGCAGGUCCGACACCGACUCCGACUCCACCCAAGAUUUGCAAUGGUGGAGCUGGUAUAUGUAGUAGAAGCUGUCCCGAAACUUGUUGUAAUACUAACUGCGCACAAAAGUUUAAUGGUGGACAUGGAUUUUGUAGCACCCUCGGUAAUUUUAACUUGUGCCAAUGUCAAUACCCUUGUUAA